UAUUUUUGUCUCUUUUUUUUUUUUUCUUUUGUUGCAGCUGGUCUCCAAUGUCCUCAUCUUCUCCUGUACAAACAUUGUAGGCGUGUGUACCCACUACCCAGCAGAGGUGUCCCAAAGACAGGCUUUCCAGGAGACCAGGGAAUGCAUACAAGCUAGGCUGCAUUCUCAAAGGGAAAACCAGCAGCAGGAGCGUCUCCUGCUCUCUGUACUUCCUCGACAUGUUGCCAUGGAGAUGAAAGCUGAUAUUAAUGCCAAACAGGAAGAUAUGAUGUUUCAUAAGAUCUACAUCCAGAAGCAUGACAAUGUCAGCAUCCUCUUUGCAGACAUAGAGGGUUUCACAAGUCUGGCCUCCCAGUGCACUGCUCAGGAGCUGGUCAUGACGCUGAACGAGCUCUUUGCCAGAUUUGAUAAGCUAGCAGCUGAGAACCACUGUUUACGUAUCAAGAUCUUGGGUGAUUGCUAUUACUGUGUGUCUGGGUUGCCAGAAGCAAGAGCGGACCAUGCACACUGCUGUGUUGAAAUGGGAAUGGAUAUGAUAGAGGCCAUCUCACUAGUCCGGGAGGUGACGGGAGUAAAUGUCAACAUGAGGGUUGGAAUCCACAGCGGGAGAGUUCACUGCGGGGUCUUGGGCCUUAGGAAGUGGCAGUUUGAUGUGUGGUCCAACGAUGUAACUUUAGCGAACCACAUGGAAGCAGGGGGCAAAGCUGGGCGCAUCCACAUAACAAAAGCAACCCUGAACUAUCUCAAUGGAGAUUAUGAGGUGGAGCUGGGCUUUGGAGGGGAACGCAACGCUUAUCUGAAAGAGCACAGUAUUGAGACCUUCUUGAUUGUACGGUGCAGCCAGAAACGGAAAGACGAGAAAGCCACAAUAGCCAAGAUGAACCGUCAGCGCGCUAAUUCCAUCAGCCACAACCCGCCACACUGGGGUGUUGACCGACCCUUUUAUAACCACCUUGGAGCUCACCAGGUCUCCAAGGAGAUGAAGAGAAUGGGUUUUGAGGACCCCAAGGACAAGAACACACAGGAAAGCAUGAACCCAGAAGAUGAAGUGGAUGAAUUUCUGGGCCGUGCCAUCGAUGCCAGAAGUAUUGAUCGGUUACGCUCUGAGCAUGUGCGCAAGUUCCUCUUAACUUUCAGGGAGCCUGACUUGGAGAAAAAGUACUCCAAGCAGGUGGAUGACAGGUUCGGAGCCUACGUGGCUUGUGCCUCCCUAGUCUUCCUCUUCAUCUGCUUUGUUCAAAUCAUAAUCGUGCCACACUCUACAUUUAUGCUGGGUUUUUACCUGACCUGUUUCCUGAUUCUGACCACAGUGGUGUUCGUUUCUGUCAUUUACUCCUGUGUAAAGCUUUUCCCAGCUCCACUCCAGACUCUUUCUAGGAAGAUUGUACAGUCCAGGACCAAUAGUACCUUAGUUGGAGUCUUUGCCAUUAUCCUGGUUUUUCUGUCUGCCUUUGUCAACAUGUUUAUGUGCAGCACUGUGGAUCUUGCCAGCUGCAUGGCUGCAGAAUACAACAUCACUCCUGACCGGGUGGACAUAUGCCUUAUCAGCAACCUGACUUCCAACUACAGCCUGGGCACCUUGCAGGGAUUCUGUGACAGUCCUUCGCCUAACUGCAACUUUCCAGAGUACUUUACCUACAGUGUCUUAUUGAGUCUCCUGGCCUGCUCUGUGUUCCUUCAGAUCAGCUGUAUUGGAAAACUGAUCCUUAUGUUAAUCAUUGAAUUUAUAUAUGUUCUCAUUGUGGAAGUGCCAGGGGUCAACCUUUUUGACAAUGCAGAUCUCCUGGUUACAGCUAACACCUAG